AAUAAUAACUUGUAAUUAAGGUCGACCAAAAUGCGGACCAACGUGCAGAAUGUUUUGCCCGAACGGGUAUGUACUUGACGGAAAUGGAUGUCCUACUUGUCGUUGUAAUAAUCAACCAAAAUGUGGCCCAGUAUGUAUGAUUUACUGUGAAAACGGAAACGUUCUUGAUGCAAGAGGGUGUCCGACUUGUAGUUGCUACGAAAUACCAAAAUGCGUGGCUGACCUAUAUUCACUCAAAGAUGAAACAUUUAAGCCAGAAUGUCCAAAACUUAAAUGCCCAUUAAUAAAAUGUGCUUACGGACAAGUACUUGAUCAAAAGGGUUGCAAGACAUGUACCUGUAAAACUUUACCUCCUUCGUGCACCAAAGAUGGAUGUUGUAAAGAACCUACCCGUUUUUGCAGCAAAAAUAACAAUUGUUGUAUUCACGAUUCAACAUGCUUUUCAAAACCCGGUUGGUACAGAAGCUAGUCCGUAUGACGAUUUUCAAACGCAUAACUUUUUGGGGAAAUGGUAUAAAUCACCAGUAUUAAAACUUUAUUUUUCCAUAAUGUAAAAAAAUAAAAUAAUAAUAAUAAAAAAAGUAAUAAUAAUGAAAAA